UCUUGUUCGCCCCUGUUUCUUGCCUCUGCUGUUGCGUUCUCUGCUGGUGUGCUGUUCCGUGAUCUUGUUGCUUGCGAUCUGAAUGGUUGAGGAUGUAGUUGUACAUUUUUACAGGUGGGGAUGAGAUCUUAGGGCUCGCAGCUGACUUCUGUACGUCAUUUCGAGAUUGUGGGUGCCUAAUUUGGUGCAGCAUUGCGGUAAAUCUAGUGGAAUCUGGAUUGAUUUUGAAGGGAGUUCUGGAGUGGGAGGUAGAGUGGGAGGUUUUGUUGAAUUGGCAGGAGUGAAAGGAAGGAUAGAAGGAACGAAGGUCUGGUCUGGUUUGGUUGCGAUGGAUUUUUUUUUUCAGAAGGCGAGGUAUUUCGCACAAGAAACAGCAAAGAAAUCGCAAGAGAUUGCCAUGGAGGCAGCUAAAUUGUCGCAGGAUUUGGCGCAAGAGACGGCCAAGAGAUCGCGUGAAUUGUCUCAUGAUCUUGUGGUUGAGGCAUCAAAGAAAGCCGACCAGAUCAAGACAUUGGCGACUGAACUUUCACCAACCAUCGUGGGGCGCGCCAUUCCUAGCGGUGUUUCCACACCAACUGCUGCGCCGACGGAAGAGGAGCUUAAAGACUAUGGCAUCACCCCUGAGCUCCGGGAGUUCGUCAAGGGUCUCACCAUUCGGACGUUCCGUGAUUUUCCCCUGGAAGAAUCCAGCUGGAAAAUGACAGCUACUGAGAGCACUUCCCAAGUACGUCAAGACUUAUCCGAGUGGCAAGAACGGCAUGCUGUGCUUGUGCUCUUGACUGUUCCGGAAAUAUCCGAUUUCCGUUAUGUUCUGUGUCCUCGGCGGAUGAGAGAGAGCAAAUUCUGGAAGAUUUACUUCAUCUUGGUUCAAAAUUAUGUUGCGCCAUUUGAGGCCAUGGCAGCGGAGCGGGCAGCUGCAAAAGCAGAGGCGAAAUCAGAAAGUGAUGCACUUAAGAAAACUGCUGCCCCUGAAGAGGCUUCCGGGUCUUCGUCGCGUGUCUCUGUUCGGGCUAAUCCGCCAGGUGCUGAGGCCGAAACAACUGCUGCUGCGAAUUCUCUGAAAUCUGUUGAUGAUGAUGCAGAUCUUGAUGCGUAUCUAAUGGGAGCCCUCGGUAGUGACGACGAGGCAGGAGAGGGUGUAGAUGAUGACUUUGACAAAGACUUCGACAAACUCGUAAACAGCGCUGCUUUGGACAGUGAUGGAGAGGAGGCUGCUCGUGAAGGCGCUAGAGGUAGCAAGCCGAAGAAUAGUGACCCUACAUCAGGUUUAAGUAAAUCAGCUGCCAGUGAAGGCUCUUCGGAUGGUGAAUUGGUGGAGAUCCCAGAUCAAGAGUCUGAUGCAGUGCACAAGAAAAAAAUUGACGCUGCGGAGUGAUAGAACCGAGGGAUGCUAUUUAGUGCUAAAACGUCUGCUAGGUUUGUUUGAUACAUGUUUCAGAUCUAAGAUUCUGCAAUUACUCAUGAUAUGAAUCCAUUGGUUAAGAUCAGCUAUUGAUCGCUAGCAAAUUUCCUAGACACUGUAGCAUUAGUUAUUAUCAUUUGAUUAGAUGUCUUCUUGGAUUAUACCAGUGUGUAUCUACUUUUUUCAGAAGUACCAAUAUACACAUGAGGACACUUUUAGGGUGUGACUACUUUGGAUAACCUUCGGAGCAGCUUAUUUACUGAUAAUUAUCAUGCUUCUGUGAGUACCUUCGCUGGUCUUGUUCAUUGAUGUAGUUGAAGAGUUUUUUCCUAUUGAA